CAGUACAUAAAAUACAGCUAACGCUAGUCACAGCUGGCGAAUAUAGGGACUUAACUUUACCACAACGCCUUUACAUUGAGGCAAAAUGCCUCGUUAUGCACAGCUAGUGAUGGGCCCUGCAGGUAGCGGUAAGAGUACCUACUGCUCCACCAUGGUCCAACAUUCAGAGUCUAUAAACCGGUCAGUUCAGGUGGUCAACCUGGACCCAGCAGCUGAGCACUUUCAGUACCCUGUCAUGGCAGACAUCCGUGAACUCAUCCAGGUGGAUGACGUGAUGGAGGAUGACUCUCUCAGAUUCGGCCCUAAUGGAGGCCUGGUGUUCUGCAUGGAGUACUUUGCCAACAACUUUGAUUGGCUCGAGGAAAGCUUGGGUCACGUAGAAGAUGACUACAUCCUGUUUGACUGUCCAGGUCAGAUUGAACUUUAUACACAUCUCCCUGUGAUGAGGCAGCUAGUGGAGCAGCUCCAACAGUGGGAGUUUCGAGUGUGCGGUGUCUUCCUGGUUGACUCCCAGUUCAUGGUGGAGUCUUUUAAGUUCAUCUCUGGAGUCAUGGCUGCUCUGAGUACCAUGGUGUCAUUAGAGAUUCCUCAAGUAAACAUCAUGACCAAAAUGGACCUUCUGAGUCCCAAAGCCAAGAAGGAAAUUGAAAAGUACCUGGACCCAGACAUGUACUCGAUGAUGGAAGAUAACUCAGAUACUAUUAAAAGCACAAAGUUCAAGAAACUCACCAAAGCCAUCUGUGAUCUGAUUGAUGACUACAGCAUGGUGAGAUUCCUUCCUUUUGACCGCACCGAUGAGGAGGGUAUCAACAUAGUACUGCAACACAUCGACUUUUCUAUACAGUAUGGGGAGGACCUGGAGUUUAAAGAGCCACAGGAGACUGAUGAAGAGCCUUCCAAUCUAAAUUAUGAUGAGAUUUUUCAAGACAAAGGGGACAGCUGAGGAGCAAAGUGACUCCAGGAAUUCAUCAUUACAGAGACUUAACAGAGCUGAGAAAACAUUUGUGGAUGGAGAAGAACUGAGAUGGAGUUUUUGGAGUCCAGGUGGAGAGAAUGGCAUGUGACAACAAGAAAGGGACUUGUGGAAAAUGACUGAGGAUCAUGAAUAUAUGGAAGUUUAUGUUUUUGUAUGCUGUUCUGAUGACUCAAGAAAUUUGUGGUCUUGGCUCGUUCACCUUUGGUUAUUUUAUGAACAUUUGAAGUUAAAAUAGUUGUUACAAUAAUAAUAAUAAUAUUGCUAUAUUUUUAAAUAAAAU